AUGCUUGGCAAGCGUGGAUGCUAUCCAAUGCAUGGACUCUGGAUCGCGACGAAUGCUACACUCGUUGUCGGACAUCUUGACGCUGUCCGGCCUCUUUCUGGAGCGAGACGCAUGAUUCGAUCCCUAUGGAGUCCCGUCCUGGUGGCUUACUACUACUACUACUACUACUACUACUACUACUACUACUACUACUACUACUACUGGACACUGACAGUACUGCGAGACCUUCCAAACUUGCCGUUUCCGCCGGCCCAAAUGAGCAUUCACAAACCAUACUACAACUAA